AUGGGAUAUACAUGGGCGAUUAAAAUUUACUCUGGUAAAUCAGCUGAUGGUGUUAGAGAAACGGGAUUGGCACACAAUGUAUGUCUUCAGCUUGCAGAGAAACUUUUCUAUCAAGGACGAACAUUGUAUAUUGAUAAUUUUUACACGAGUUAUGAGUUAGCGAUAUCAUGCCUAAACCGCAAAACCCAUGUUGUGGGAACACUUAGGAAUAACAAAAAAUUCCUCCCAAAAGAUAUUUUUCAUUGCAAACUAAGAAAAGGGGAGAUGAUAUCCAAAGAAGAUGAUAACGGGAUUGUGGUAUACAAAUGGAGAGAUACGCGGGACAUGAGAACUUUAUCAACAAAACAUGCUCCUAUCAUGGUACCAAGUACAAAAAAAAAUUGUAGCAUUCGUGCUGUUUCUCCAAGCCAACAAACAUCUGCAACACUGAAACUACUAGCUGUUGUUGAAUAUAAUGUAGGAAAAUGUGUUUACAAAAUUGCAACAAAGAAGAAUGUAAAUAUUAGAAGAUUUAGGGAAUUAUUAGCUGCAAAAUUAUUAGGUUCGACUGAAAAUACAACAAAUCCUUGUCUUCGUCGGAGUCAGCAUAAUAUCGUCGUUCGGGAAAAUGAUUCCGGAGGAAGCAUUAGACGCGCAUGCAAACAAUGUUAUGCAAAUAAAAGUCGUCGAAUGGGCCGAUCAGAGACACGAGAGAAUUUAAAGAAAACAACAACUUAUUGUCCAAGUUCUCUCGACCAACCCCAGCUUUGUAUAGAAUGUUUUAAAGUUUUACAUUCUACAGAAUUUUCUUAA